AUGGCAGAACAAGACGGCAAUACGAGUAUUGCGGCACGCAUCGCCGCCUUGAAGUUGGACCAAGUAGGUCGGCAACCUGGUGCAAAGGCAGCUGCUCCCACAGUACCAAAAAAGAGAUCGGAAAUCCCAUCGAGACAACAGACGACCAAUGUGCCUCCUGUUGGAGUUCACGUAUCUGCAGCCGAUGCAGGCCACGAUAUUGGAAACCAGCCUUCCGCGGGUGAAAUGAGUGGAGUAGUUGAGCGUGCUCCUCCGACGAUUCCAAACAGGCCAGCCAGAAGUACUGCACCUAAACUACCACCGAGACAACCAUCUGGACCAUCUCCGCAGCUACCACCCAGGAGGCCAUCGGAAAUACCCUCAAACUUUUCCGGAAGGCCGGAUAUCAGUAGGAAGCAAUCAACUGAAUCCGUGACAUCAACUAGGUCGUCAAUCUCGACGGCAUCCACUCGGACUGGUCUGAGCUCCGCGACGAGCAACUCUGGACCGCUCUAUACAAUUCGAGCACCCUCGUUCGAUGCAUCAUCGCUUCCCCCUUUGCCUCCUAAGAGAGCACCUAGUCUACCAGAACGUGGUCCUGUUUUGCAGCAAAGCAAGUCAUCACCCAAUGUCCUGCCUGCCGUACAGGAGCCUGCGCGACCUCAACUACCCUCUAGGCCUCAAUUGCCCUCAAGAAAUCCUUCGUCCUCUCAGAGCGUAGCAGAACAGAGCACUGUUAAAUCUGCGGCUCCUAAAAGGUCCGCGCUGUCUUUGGGCUUUAACAACACCGCCAAACCACCUCCAGUCCCAGAUGCAAGACCGGGAUCUGACGCCCCACCACCAAUUCCUGCAUCUUCUCGACCAGAUCUCUCCAAGUUGUUAGCAUCCAAGCCAACUCCAGGCCAAGGAUCUUGCCUGAAAUGUCGAGAUUUCUUCAUUGUUGAUGCCCACGCCGCACGAUUUCCACGACAAUCGAUACCAUCUCAAGAUCUUGGCUGGCUUGCUCAAUCGCUGACGUCCCCCUUCCCAUCAUUGACCGACAAAGCUCGAGCAAUCUUUGUUUGGCUACACCAUAACAUUGACUAUAAUACUCAUGCUCUGUUCACCAACACUGUCAAAGGCUCAACCCCAGCUUCGACAUUGGCCACUGGUCUCGCUGUUUGUGAGGGCUAUGCUGGUUUGUUUACCGCACUUGCAUCAAAAGCUGGACUUGAGAGCAUGGUUGUCGGAGGUCAUGGAAAAGGCCUUGGAUUCGAGGCAAUAGGUCCCGGGGCUCCACUGCCUGCUGAGGAUGCAACAGGUCAUGCCUGGAAUGUGGUUAAAAUCGACAACGGUCAGUGGAAGUUGAUCGAUCCUUGCUGGGGAGCUGGUCAUGUCAAUGGUUGGGGCAAGCCCUACGAGAGAUCAUUCCAUCCUAUCCAUUUCAUCGGCAGCAACGAAGAGUUUGGCCGCAGCCAUUUCCCGAGCGACAAGAACCGUUUCUACAGAAGUGAUGGCAGACAAACGAUCACCUGGGCGGAAUACCUACUAGGUGACACAAAUGGUCAAGCUCCUGUACAGACAUUUGGAAACAUGACAACCGAGGAGGGCAUUGACGAGAACUCAGUCUCACCAAGGAUUAAACAGAUUUCGGUUAACGACCCGCAAUCUUACAUCCGCUUCCAAUUCAACAAAGUCUGCCCUCACUGGGACAACGAGCGGAACGGAAAAGGCAAGCACUACUUGUACCUAAUCUUUUUGCCUGAAGGUAAUGGCAGACCGGCGCGUGAAGUUCCUCUACAGACCAAUGGAUAUUUCUGGUGGGUCGAUGUACGCCCCAGUGAGCUCGGACAAGCAGGCCAGGAGAUCAAGCUGGGCACAGUAACCACAUGGAAAGGCCGGGACGGUAGAGGAAUGGUGGAGAGCGAUUACAACAAACAGGGUGGAUUUGCGGGUGCCUAUGCCUUUGCUGCCAGGUGGGAGCUUGUGUAA